UUUUAAUCUUGAUUGAUGCCCUCAGGUGACAAACUAUUUAAAUGUGAGGAAUGCGCAAAGCUGUUCAGCCGUAAAGAGAGCUUAAAGCAGCAUGUUUCAUACAAGCACAGCAGGAAUGAAGUUGACAGUGAGUACAGGUACAAGUGCACAACAUGUGAAAAGGCUUUUCGAAUAGAGAGUGCCUUGGAAUUCCAUAACUGCAGGACAGAUGACAAGACAUUCCAGUGUGAGAUGUGUUUCAGAUUCUUUUCUACAAACAGUAAUCUUUCCAAACACAAGAAAAAGCAUGGAGAUAAGAAGUUUGCAUGUGAAAUCUGCAAUAAGAUGUUCUACAGGAAAGAUGUCAUGCUGGACCAUCAAAGGCGACACCUGGAAGGGGUGAGGCGUGUGAAAAGAGAAGACUUUGAACACAGCACGGAAAACAUGGUUCGCUACAAGAAGGAGCCUUCAGGAUGUCCUGUGUGUGGGAAGGUGUUUUCAUGUAGGAGCAAUAUGAACAAACACCUUCUAACACAUGGAGACAAGAAAUACACGUGUGAAAUCUGUGGACGUAAAUUUUUUAGAGUGGAUGUGUUGAGAGAUCACAUUCAUGUCCAUUUUAAGGAUAUAGCACUAAUGGACGAUCACCAGAGGGAAGAGUUCAUUGGUAAAAUUGGAAUCUCAUCAGAGGAAAAUGAUGACAAUUCUGAUGAAAGUGCAGAUUCUGAGCCUCACAAGUAUAGCUGCAAAAGGUGCCAGUUAACUUUCGGCCGAGGAAAGGAGUACUUGAAGCAUAUAAUGGACGUGCACAAGGAGAAAGGCUAUGGCUGUAGCAUUUGUAAUCGACGUUUUGCCUUGAAGGCUACUUACCAUGCACACAUGGUCAUUCACCGGGAGAACCUACCUGAUCCUAAUGUGCAGAAAUACAUCCAUCCAUGUGAAAUCUGUGGAAGGAUUUUUAACAGUAUAGGAAAUCUGGAAAGACAUAAGCUUAUACAUACAGGUGUAAAAAGUCAUGCUUGUGAGCAAUGUGGCAAAUCAUUUGCUAGGAAAGACAUGUUAAAAGAACACAUGCGGGUCCAUGAUAAUAUCCGAGAAUACUUGUGUGCAGAAUGUGGCAAAGGAAUGAAGACAAAACAUGCCCUUCGUCACCACAUGAAACUUCAUAAAGGGAUAAAAGAAUAUGAAUGCAAGGAAUGUCACCGAAAAUUUGCACAGAAAGUCAACAUGCUGAAGCAUUACAAAAGACACACGGGAAUCAAAGAUUUCAUGUGUGAGCUCUGUGGGAAGACUUUUAGUGAGAGAAAUACAAUGGAAACUCAUAAGUUGAUUCAUACAGUAGGAAAACAGUGGACGUGUUCAGUCUGUGAUAAGAAGUAUGUCACUGAUUACAUGCUCCAGAAACACAUACAGCUCACUCACGAUAAGGUAGAAGCCCAGAGCUGUCAGCUGUGUGGGACAAAGGUUUCUACCAGAGCAUCCAUGAGUCGACACAUGAGGCGUAAACAUCCAGAGAUUCUUUCAGUGAAGAUUGAUGAUUUAGAGCAGCUGCCAGAGACUACAACCAUUGAUGCUUCUUCAAUUGGGAUUGUUCAGCCGGAAUUAGCCUUGGAACAGGGAGAAUUACCAGAAGGAAAACAGCAUACGAAAGCUCCUAAGCGUGGCCAGAAACGAAAGCAGAAGUCAGGUGAGGAGGAGGAAACUCAAGUGCCUGAGGACCCUGCCUUCAGUGAAUACACAGAGAAGGAAGCUGAAUUUACAGGAAAUGUUGGAGAUGAGACUAAUUCAGCUGUACAGAGCAUUCAGCAGGUGGUGGUGACCCUUGGCGACCCAAAUGUCACAGCGCCGUCCAGUUCUGUUGGAUUGACAAAUAUCACUGUUACCCCCAUUACAACGGCAGCUGGAACGCAAUUCACAAACCUCCAACCAGUGGCUGUGGGCCACCUGACUGCACCGGAGCGCCAGUUGCAGCUGGACAACUCCAUUCUCACUGUGACAUUUGACACAGUCAGCGGUUCCGCCAUGCUGCACAACCGCCAGAAUGACAUUCAGAUCCAGCCGCAGCCAGAGGCAGCCAAUCCUCACUCUGUGCCCCAUUUUAUAAACCUAACCACCUUGGUGAACGCCAUUGCUCCUCUAGGAAACCAGAUAGCAGAACAGCAUCCUCUGACGUGGAGGUCGGUGCCCCAAACUGAUGUCUUGCAGCCCCCGGCACAGCCAGCGCAGCAGCAGUCAGGACAGCAACAGGUUCAAGCAGAGCAGCAGCAACAGAUGUAUAGCUACUAAUUUAUACUUUGAAAAUUUGAAGUGGACAGUAGAGACAAAAACACACGGAUGUUUGGAAAAUUUCUGAUAGGAUUAUUUGCUGGAUACCAAACAGAGAUGGGAAAGUGUUUAUACAGUGAAAUGCAAGCUAAAAUUAGCAUCGCACCCUGCAACACCUGUGAGAAUCUUGAGGUUCUCACAUCGUCUCUAAACCUUGCAAUGUUUUUUUUUAAAAAAAAAAAAAAUCACAAAUUUAGUACCCCUGCUAAAUUGUACUGUGUAUUUUGCACUGUGAAUUUGGGGCAGUAAGAUUGAGAUUUGACAGGAAGUGUCAAAUCUUAACCAAAGCAGGGAAAUAAUAUGGCACUGGAAAUUCAGAAAACCUUUUAGCCAUAACGUGACACUUCCUUCUAGUGUGUAAACUUUAUGUGAAGACCUCAUUGACAUCGAGCUGGAAUACACUUGUGGUCGGCUGGUAGAGACUGAAAUGUACACAGAAAUGGGCAAAACAAUAAUUGUUUUCUUUCUCCUUUUGGUCCUUCUAACAACAUUGGUGUAAUAGGUGGAGGCUGGGACGUGGGGGUGGGGCUGAGUGUGGCGUGGACGAAAAUUUUCACAAGUAUUUCCAUUUUAGUGAUGGGAAAAGCUCUGUACCCAUAACACUGUUAGUGCUACUUGAACCACAUAGCUGGUCUAAAGCAACUUCCAUGGUCUUCUAGUCAAGUCAGAAUCAAACUAGUUAUGAACUGAAACAAGAAUGUGAUACAGUUUUAUGUAAUUUUAAAAAACUGCUCUUUCAAACUUGCUUUUAGCUAAUAGAUCCGAAAAGUAAUUGGUCCUCUUUGAUCAAGUUCAGGAUGUGAAUUUUUUUUCAAUUAGUCUUCUUUCAUCGUGUAAUAAACAUUUGAGAAAGUAUUCUUUUUUUAUAUAUAUACACAUAUAUAUAUAUAUAUAUGCCUUUGUACUUUACUGUGCAUUUCUGGUGAAUAUUUGUGUGAAGGACACUGUUAUCAAUAUAAGUCAUUAAUUUUUUCAUCCCUCUAUUGCCCUGUCUCACAGAAAUAAUGCAUGCAUUCUAGUCCGUUCUAUUUCCAACUUUCAGAGCCACACACAGUUGUGUGAAAUGCAAGACAAAAGAAAGUCUGAAGCAUGCUUGGCCACGUGGAGGCAGCAUGCCCUAGUGUAGAAGGGGCAAGGUUUGCCUGAAUAUUGGAGCUGUAAACCAGGGGGAUGGGCAGUCAGUGGGUGACAAACCCGCCCACAGCAGAGCGUUUGGAACUGGAUGGGCUUUAAAGGUCUCUUCCGACCCAAGCCAUUCUGUGGUUGUGAUUCUAUGAAAUACAUCAAUGCUGAUACAACACUUUGAUUCCAUUUUGCACAUAUAGAUGUGCAGUCCGGACAGUUGCACGUCAAAAAGAUGGUAUCUCUCCCACAGAUAAGAACUGCUAUGAAAAAGAAAUUAACUAAAAAUGAACAACAAUAACAAAAAAUAAAUAAAAAUAAACGGGUACUGUCUGGAAUCCUGACGGCCAAAAUUGUCCUACCAGCUGCAGCUGAAGAACAAGUCCUUUCAGGGCUGCAAAUUGAGCCAGCCUCAGAACCUUACUUAAGAUUUUUGCCGGGUAUAAAGCAUCUGCUGUGUUUAACAGUGAAGAUAGAUUGAUGGUUGUAAAAAUCCUGUCUGUGCCUAUCAUAUUUAUGAAAAUGUUGUAUGUAUUAGCAAAAAUAUGAGUAGGAAUGAGUUUGUCUUUGAAAGUCUGUAUUAACAUGGACUACCUGACCCUUAAAUGAUGCCUUAGAAUCUCUGCAACAAAUCCUUCCAAAGUAUAAAUGACUGGAAAUUAAAGUUAACCUUCCAUGGCUUUCCUUGUGCCAUAUCAACAUCUAGAGGCAACGCUAUGCGAGGCUCUGUGUAAAGCCUAAUUGCAACAGAAUACGUUGCAAUUAGGAAAGGAUGUAACAAAGGAGUUUCUGGUGACAGAUUUUGUGUCAGAGGAGCAGAGCUACUUUGCUGCAAAUAUCAACAAGUCUAUAAAUGUCUCUAUGAGAGAGAUCGACAUUUGAUGGGACAAGAAUGCAUAUCAGAAAGAGAAAACAUCUUUUACCAACGCAGAAACAAAAGAAUUUUCUAUUCCUUAGCCCCUUAUAUGUCUUCCCCAGAUCCUUUUCAAACAACAUUCUAUGAUGGUGUAUUUUUUUCUUCUGUCCUCACAAGAGCUAGAAUUCAAUGCCUCUAUCGUCUGGAUUAUUCCACCCCUGGCUCAGGCCAGGUAACCUCCUCAGCUGUCUUCCUCACAAGCGCAAAACCUAUUGGUCAUGAGAAAACUAUCUUUUAUUUAUAAAAUGUGUUGCUUACGUACUUGAAACUUUUUUUCUUUUGCUGAGUUUGGUGCCUAAUUGGGAAAAGCACAUUAUAAUUUGGCAGGUUGAAUGAAAAAAAAAAAGAAAUGUAGAGGUCCUGGAUCAAGUUAUUGUGGUAAAUAAAAGAUGGCUAUGAUCUAAAUAUAUAUAUAUUUAUAUAUAUACACAAACACGGAGCUACAGUACUCCAUAUAGUGUUUCUGGAAAAUUGGUUUUUUGUCCAUGGGUGAUUAUGCUUUUAAGUGGAAUUUUUUUUUGCCUCAGGUGCAGAGUGAGUACAACUGUUCUGUGUGAAUACCACUGAUGGUAGUAUUCAGGAAGCAUUGAAACAGUCUGAGCCAUUUUAACGUGUAAUUGCCUGACUAUUUGAAAUGAACCGUGAGUGCAGGUCAUCACUCAUUACAGACACCUCUCUGACUUCACAAAACCCCUUUAUCCCAAUGUGUGAUCCUCUGGUUUUCUGUAGUCUUAUACUGACCGUGUCAUCCCUCCUGCUCUUCCACAAAACCUGACCCAGGCAAAACAAAAUCUUGCACUUCUGAUAGUGAAUUAACUAAUUAUAAAAGGAACAAUCUGAUUGCACAAUAAAUGCUUGCAUGUUGGUGGUCACUUGGAAAAGAAAUUUCUCUCUUCAGUUUUCUGGUAUCUCCAAAUCUUAAAUGAUAUUCUGCUUAAGGAGGAAAAAAAUGAAGCUCACCUUAAGUAGGCCAGGCAAUAGGAAGUUUUCAAAAAGCUGAACCUUCCGGAACACUCCUUUUAGAAAUAACUUUGACUUUCCCUGCAACCUUUGCUGUGGUAUCUUACCAUCUCUCAGUGUGACUUCAUUAUUACUACUAUUAUUAACAU